AUGAAAUGUGGCAAAACAGGGGAAGGAGAGAAAGAAGUAGCUGUGGAAAGAGUUGAGAAAGGGAGGCAGAACAGUGAAGCAAUGAUUUCAAUUGACAUGCCUGCUGGUCCUUCAGAAGUUUUAGUCAUUGCAGACAAAUAUGCUAGUCCUGUUCAUAUAGCUGCAGAUAUGCUCUCUCAGCUAUCGAAGAGGAAAUCAGAAAGCAGUGUCAAGACCUUCCAAGAGGAGAGUUUGCUUCAAAAGCUCUUAGCCACAGUUACACAGUGUUUGCUCGUUGAUGUCUUUUUCAAAUAUAUGUAUUCACCUGAGCAUCUGAUAGUUAAUGUUAAAGAUACUGAACAGUGGGAAUGCUUCAUUGAGAAUGCAGGGCCAUGGACACCUGAAAGUGUGGGAGAUUAUGCAAGCGGGACAAACCAUGUAUUUCCAACAUACGGAUAUGCACGAAUGUAUGGUGGGGUGUCUCUUGAUUCCUUCCUUAAGUACAUGACAGUACAAUCCUUGACAGAGGAAGGUCUGAAAAAGCUUGGUCCAUAUGUUGCAACCAUGGCGGAAGUAGAAGGCUUGGAAGCCCACAAGAGAGCGGUAACUCUUAGAUUACAAGACAUUGAAGCCAGGUCAAAUCAAUUCGGGUUAAAGGUUUUAGUACGAUUCAACUGCUAUGUCAAUCCGAUCAAUGGGGCUAAAAUGAAAGUACUCGAACUUGGGGAUAAGGCGAAGUACCGCUGA